UUUUUGCACUUGUCUCUUAAGCCACCUCACAAUGUCUACCUUACACAUACUGUCACAGAAAAAUGCACUUUUUUUAGGCACUUUAUCCAGAGUGGCUUACUCAGCUUCUGGUCUCUUGCACACGGUCAGUUUAUACAGCUGCAUAUUUGCUGAAGCAGUUGAGGUAUGUGCUUACAGGUACAACAGCAGUGCCUCGCCUGGAAAUCAGACCAACCUUGGGGUUACAUGACCAGAUCCCAAACUCUUCUGCUGCACUGCUAACCGAACUCACGUUCCGUCUCCCCCCCUCACACACACCCUCCCCAUUACAACCUCUCCAGACCUUACAUCCCACCCUCUACACCAGGCUAUUUAUACUCUUGGUCCUUUGCGUGAAUUGCGUGAAAAAGUGUUAUUAGGAGCAGUAUAGUAUUUACUAGCUGUUAAUAUUUUAAGGCAGCAACUAAUUUCUUAACGUGAUUAUACAAUGAAAAUAAAUUUUUAUAAAUGUGUAGAACAAAAAAAAUCAUAACCUAUAAACAUAUUUGGGUGAUUUUAAAAGGAAUUUGGCCUGCAGUAGGAAGUACAAACACCUUUCUCUCCCCCCUUGUCCACUGCCCGCUCCCCCCGUUCUCUGCCCUUUCGUACCUUUACAUACAUCUCACAAUCCGCCUUGUGCAGCUUCAUGCAAGGUCAUGCAGAGAUCAUCUGGAACAGCCCCUUUCUGAAUUUUAAAAAAUCAAUUUCAAUUAUUGGAAAAUGAGAGGAUCAAUAUCUGCAACCCCAUAGUUAUGUUCUAUGAGAUGUGGAGCAACAUUAAUAAAGUGGACUGUUGUGACAUUUCAUUUCAAAAAGAAAGUAUUGCCCUUAUCUGUUGAUUUAUUUAUUGUUUUGUUUGUUUUCAUCAUUGAAGUUGGCUUUGGUUCAAAAAACAUGCUCACCAGGCAAGAGGCCCAGGCCUCAGCUUGGAGUCAUUAGUGGUUAAUAUGGGAGGCAUUAUGGAGUUAGAGGAUAAAGAUUUCAUGGAAAGGUGUUGAGUCAGGUAGAUCUGCGUGUGUCACGCAGAUAAACCUCUAUCUGGGAGCUGAGCCUGAGUUUACACUCUGAUGGAGCCAGUGGACAGUGGAACUCAUUCCCUGAUCGGUCUGCUUUCUGCUACUGAAGAUUUUCCUCAUCCCAACACGUUCUAGGAGAGGAAUACAAUACUUGCUUGGGGGUUUUUCCUGUUUUGCUCUUUCCCUCCUCCUCCUCUCGCUCUCUCCCUCAUCCUCUGGGCUCGAAUGCGCUCUCUCUGAACAGGUCCUCCAUCCCUCUUCCACACACCCUCUCUUCUCUCCCGUCGCCAUGGAUAUUGGCGGUCUAACCACCGUGGUGGCCAACUCGGCCUACAUCUCCGCCCGGGGCAGCAUGGACAGCACGGCCAACCCGGGUGUCAACCGCGACAAGAAGUACUUCGCCAAGCUGAAGCUGCCGCACAUCACAGUGUGCGAGGGCCUGCGGGAGGCGCUAGACCUGCAGUUCAACACCGUCUGCGUGGAGCAGCCCAUCGGCAAGCGCCUCUUCCAGGAGUUCCUGGAGUCGUCCAACGAGUACAAGGGCCCCAGCCGACUGUGGAAGGACAUCGAGGAAUACGACAGCGCGGAGGAUAAGGACCGAGUGCAGAAGGCUGCCAAGAUCAUCCAGCGGUACAUGGAGCCGUCCGCCAAGUACUUCUGCCCGUUCCUGCCGGAGAACGGCAUCACCAAGGUGAAGGAGGGGCAGCAGGAGGCCGGGGACUGUCUCUUUGCGGAGACGCUGCAGAGCGUUCUGGACUUCCUGAAGGAGGUGCCUUACACCUUCUUCCUGGAGACCAUGUACUUCAAGCGCUUCCUGCAGUGGAAAUGGCUAGAGAAGCAGCCCAUCGGGGAGGACUGGUUCCUGGACUUCCGGAUCCUGGGCAAAGGGGGAUUCGGAGAGGUGUCAGCCUGCCAGAUGAGAGCCACGGGGAAGCUGUACGCCUGCAAGAAGCUCAACAAGAAGAGGCUAAAGAAGAGGAAAGGCUAUGAGGGGUCGAUUGUGGAAAAGAGGAUUCUGGCUCGGGUCCACAGCCGCUUCAUUGUGUCACUAGCCUACGCCUUCCAGACCAAGACGGAGCUCUGCCUCGUUAUGACCAUCAUGAAUGGGGGAGACCUCAGGUAUCACAUCUACAACGUGGAUGAGAACAACCCCGGAUUUGAGGAGCCACGGGCCUGCUACUACUCUGCCCAGAUCAUCAACGGCAUGGAGCACCUUCACAAGAAGAGAAUCAUCUACCGGGAUCUGAAACCAGAGAACGUACUGUUGGACAACGAAGGCAAUGUCCGUAUCUCUGACCUUGGGCUGGCUGUUGAACUGAAAGACGACCAGUUCAAGAUCAAAGGCUAUGCUGGAACUCCUGGCUUCAUGGCUCCAGAGCUCCUCAAAAGCGAGGAGUAUGAUUACUCUGUGGAUUACUUCACCCUGGGAGUCACUCUCUUUGAGAUGAUCGCGGCCAAAGGUCCAUUCAGAUCGAGAGGGGAGAAGGUGGAGAGCAAGGAAUUGAAGAAGCGCAUCAUCAACGACCCAGUGACCUACCCAGAGAAGUUCAGCGAGAAUGCCAAGUCCUUCUGCGAGGGCUUACUGGCCAAGGAGCCGGACAAGCGGCUGGGCUUUAGGAACGGGAGCUGCGACGAGAUUCGAACGCAUCCGUUUUUCAGCGCCAUCAACUGGCGCAAGCUGGACGCAGGAAUCCUGCCUCCCCCGUUUGUGCCCGACUCUAAGACAGUCUAUGCAAAGGAUCUGGAUGCAGUGGGAGCUUUCUCCACGGUGAGGGGGGUCAACCUCGAAGAACCCGACAAGCAGUUCUUCGAUGAGUUCGCCUCGGGGAACAUCGCCAUUCCCUGGCAGGAGGAGAUGAUCGAGACGGGCGUGUUUGGGGAGCUUAACGUCUGGGGUGCGGGCGGGGGGGUCCCCGAUGACCUCCGACGGGAGUCCAUCUACGAACAGCCUCCCAAAUCUUCCACCUGCUGCGUCUCCUAAGGGUCAAACCAGGUCAUCUCCAUAGAAACCCACCGUUACUUUCAUUUUGCAGUUGGAUCUGCAGCUGGUUUUUACUUCUUCUGAAACAAUGAAUGGUUUCCGUGCUGCUUAUAUUCAGAUUAAAGCUUUCUUCUAUCCAUUUCUUUAAUUUUAAAUAUACAACUAAAGUAGCUGAGUCCACCUGUUUAUAUUUAGUCAUGAGUAUUGGCUCAUGCUAUGGAGAGAAAGGCUCAUUGAAUAGUUUCCUAAGUGCUCUGCAGCAAUAGAACUGUUCCGCAUAUUUUAAUAAGUAUCAUUUGAUUAAUGGCUGUGGCCGAUUGGGUUUCAGGAUGAAUUGGUUUGCGUUCAGCAACAUUUCAUUAUGUGCUGUCAGAACAAUGAAUAUUAAAUUUUUUUUAAACAUAUAUCCUGGAUGGGGAAUUUUCUACAUUAUAUUUUAGUGUUUACUUUUCCGGUUUAGUUCUGUGGUGAGAGGUUACUGUUAGUGGUGACUGGUGACACGGCACCACCUGAAAUAGAGCAUUUUCUAUGUUUGUUUAUGUGCAUGUUUGUGUGUGU